AUGUGUUUACGCUCCGGACGGGGUUCUACUACGGCAAUUGCUAACGGAUUUGGAUUCGAAAACAUUGUGUUUAAAAAUAUCAACUUAAGCAGAGAGAGAGAAAGAUAAAUCAAGGAAGAGCGAAGAGCAAGCAGAGAAAGUGACCCAAAUGAGAGUGAAAGUGCAGUGAAACUCUUCCUGAAGAAAUGCCACAUCCAACCCGAUAAUUGGUCCAUUUGAUGCCCCAUUGCCCAUUUGCCAUUUGCCAUUAUCCACGCAGAUCGAAAGUUUGUUUAAAGUGUAACCGGGCAGGGCAGUGUAUCGAAGAUUUAUAAAUAAAUAAAAAUAUAUUAAGUGGAUAUAUUCCGCCCAGAGAGUGCGCGCUUCCCAACAACAUAAAUAAAAAGAGAGAGAGAGAGAGAAAUGAAUUCCCAGUGAAAUGUGAAAACAAAUUGUUAAAUUAGCCCGCAGUCCGCACCCCACCACAUCGACACACAUAUGUGACAUAUGUGUAGCGAGUAUCUCCGAAAUAUAAUUAACCCCAUCGAGUGAGUCCUUGGCAUUCAGUGGUGACAACCCCCCUACCGCCAUAUGCAAAUGAGUUGAGGAUUUCUUUCCCUUUUGCACGCACUGCAAAUUCAAUUCCCAAGCUUACAGUGUCAGCGAGGCGUGGCGUGGCGUGGCGUGGCGCACCCGGAACCAGGCCAAGUGGCAGGCUAAAAGCUCUCAACGUGCGACCCGUGACCGACAGGUGGAACAGCAACGAAAGCAACAAAAAGCGACUUGUGGCCGCAGGAUUGAUGUUUGUGCAAAAGUUUGGGGCCAGCUGCUCAGAUGUUAGCCAAAACCCAGUAACCGGGAAUCGAGUGUAGCCGCCGCUGGAGCGAGUCCCCCCCCCCCCCCCCCCCCCCCCCCAUCCACACCUAAUGAGCGGUGCCGCCGCGCGGCUGCUGCUGCGCCUGGAGCUGCCGGCAGCGGGCGUGAUGCCGCCGCCACCCACCGACUACGACUGGGGGCCCAUCAGUGAGGAUGAGUUCCUCGCGAGUGCCACGGCCACGGAAACGGCAACAGCUACGACCCGGAGCCACGAGGAUGCGGUGCGCUAUGAGCUGGCCGACAUCCUGGGCAGCACCGUCUCCACGACGCUGUACGAGCAGGUGGUGCAGCAGUUCCUGCCCGCGCUGAGCAGCGCCAACUACACGACGCACCCAAAUCACACGGAGCUGCAAACGGAUCUGCUCUAUCCGCACUACGACGAGGCGGACUUUGAUCUGGAGCCCAAUUGGACGCGCACCUGCGAGGAGGUGUACAAUCCGCUGCUGGAGAACAAUCGCAUUGAGUUCUGGGUCUGCGGCGUGCUCAUCAAUAUCGUUGGACUGCUGGGCAUACUGGGGAAUGUGAUCUCAAUGAUUAUAUUGUCCCGGCCGCAGAUGCGGUCCAGCAUUAAUUAUCUGCUGACGGGUCUGGCACGCUGCGACACGGUGCUGAUUCUCACCUCGAUUCUGCUCUUUGGCAUUCCUUCGAUCUAUCCGUAUACGGGUCACUUUUUUGCCUACUACAACAACAUUUAUCCAUUCAUCUCGCCGGUGGUGUUUCCCAUCGCCAUGAUUGCGCAAACGUCGAGCAUCUACAUGACCUUCACGGUGACCCUGGAGCGCUAUGUUGCCGUCUGUCAUCCGCUGCGCGCGCGUGCCCUCUGCACCUAUGGCCGUGCCAAGAUCUACUUCAUAGUGUGCGUGUGCUUCGCUUUGGCCUACAACAUGCCACGCUUCUGGGAGGUGCUAACGGUCAGCUAUCCGCUGCCAGAGUCCGACACGGUGCUGCACUGCGUGCGGCCAUCGAAGCUACGCCGCAAUCAGGCGUACAUCAACAUAUACAUACACUGGUGCUACCUGAUCGUCAACUACAUCAUACCCUUCCUCACCCUGGCCAUACUCAAUUGCCUGAUCUAUCGGCAGGUGAAGCGUGCGAAUCGGGAGCGCCAGCGCCUGUCGCGCUCCGAGAAGCGAGAGAUCGGCCUGGCCACCAUGCUCCUCUGUGUGGUGAUUGUGUUCUUCAUGCUGAACUUUCUGCCGCUGGUGCUGAACAUCUCGGAGGCGUUCUACAACCUGAUCGACCACAAGCUGACAAAACUCUCGAAUCUGCUGAUCACGAUCAACAGCAGCGUCAACUUUCUCAUUUAUAUUAUUUUCGGGGAGAAGUUCAAGCGCAUUUUUUUACUCAUUUUUUUCAAGCGACGGCUGAGUCGUGACCAGCCGGAUCUUAUACACUACGAGAGCUCAAUAUCGAACAACGGCGAUGGCACCAUCAAUCACCGUUCGUCCGGCCGCUUCUCACGUCACGGCACACAGCGCAGCACCACGACGACGUAUCUGGUGGCCACAGGUCCCGGCGGCGGCAGCAGCUCUCAACUGAACAAUGUCCGACUCACACAAGUGUCCGGCUCCCCGGGCCUGGUCAAGAUCAAGCGGAAUCGUGCACCAUCGCCGGGCCCAGUGGUGUACUUUCCGGCACGCGAAAUGCAGCGCUCCGUGUCAACGAAUACGAAUUCGGCGACGAAUAAUAACACAGCCAUUGGCUAUGACUGGACGCUGCAGGAUAGCAAGAAGCUCGGGGGACAUGUCUCCUCGGGCUUUUGAGUGAUGCGAGUCACGUUUGUACAUAUACAAAGAGAUCAGGCUUUAUCUAAACGAAUCUAUAAUGUAAUAUAAAUAUACAUAAAUAUAUUCUAAGUUAUGUUAACUGUAGCCUGUAUGCGCUCCAAGCGUUGCGUUACUUUGUGAUAAGCGUUAAGUGUUUACUGAUACCACAACUACUGCUCCUUUGCCUCUUCUUGCUGCUACUUCAAGUCCUACUAAAUAACACGCCAAAGUUUCCCCCAUGCAGCUUCCUCUUUGCUGCCCAAUCAAUCGAAUUUCUUGCCCAUUUUGCACUAAAUUAGUCAGCAAAACUUUUUCGGACAAUAUCAUUCUGGUGCCUCCACACGGACACAACUUUUCUGUUUCUUUAUUUAUUAGCAAGUUUAUUUUUGGGGCGCUUUUAAUUAAAUAUCCCUUCGAAAGUAUUUCAGUCAAACUUGAUGGAUGAUUUUGCCUUUUUCCACCCCAUGAUCUUGUUGAAUGAUUUUGGGGGUUUUUUUUUUCAAAAACUUUUUUGACUACGGCCAAUCUGUCAACUUGUCGGAAAGUUUCUCAAACGCUGCUCAAAAGUUCAAAGUCAGAGGGAGGUGCCACGCCCAACAACAACAAC